AUGACUCAAAAGGUGACUGCCUUGCUGCCUGUUGUUUCACGAGCGGGGACGAAAAUGGCUUCCACUUCCGCAGCCCCAAAGACAACAGUCUACCAAUCCGACAUGGAAAGCUUCCACGCCCACCUCAAACAAUCCACCCGAGUCCUCGCCCUCCUAGGUGCCGGUCUCUCAGCCUCGAGCGGUCUUCCAACCUUCAGAGGCGCAGGCGGACUGUGGAGAACUCAUCAAGCUACCCAUCUCGCGACUCCCCAAGCAUUCGCAGCCAACCCAGGGCUGGUCUGGCAAUUCUACUCCUACCGCCGCCAUAUGUCCCUUAACGCGACACCAAACGCAGCACACUACGCCCUCGCAGCCCUGGCACAAAAGAUGCCGCAGUGCCAGUGUCUGAGCCAAAACGUCGAUGGUCUGUCUCCUCGUGCUCAUCACCCGGCCGGACAACUGCAACUACUCCACGGCUCGCUCUUCGACGUCAAGUGCUCCGACCAAGACGGCUGCGGCUACAAGGAAAUCAAUUACACCGAUCCCAUCGUCCCCGCUCUCGCCAUACCCCUCUCGGGUCACGAUCCAACGACCGACGUCGCGCGCCAGGAAGCAGAUGUCUCCAACAUCAGCACACCCCUAGCCACCCUCUCGGCCCAAGACCUCCCCGCCUGCCCGUCCUGCAAAAAGCACAUCCUUCGUCCCGGUGUAGUCUGGUUCGGCGAAGCACUGCCUAGAUCCGUCCUUCGUACCGUGGACGACUAUAUUGCAGCUAGUGACAUCGACCUGAUCAUCGUGAUCGGGACGAGCGCAAAGGUUUUCCCGGCGGCUGGCUACAUUGACGAAGCUCGUGAUCAAGGAGCGAGGGUUUGUGUGGUGAAUAUGGACGAGAAUGAUGCACCGCCUGGCGGCUGGGAGGCAGGCGACUGGUUCUUCCGUGGGGAUGCGGCAGAGCUGGUGCCGAAGUUGCUGGAGCCGAUUGUUGGGAAGGUGGAAGUACCAUAG